AUGGCUAGAAGGAAGGAUCUUUCUUCCUUUGAGAGGGCUGCCAUCAUCGAGUUUCUGCUUGAAGGAAGCCAAAAUGGAAAGCCAUCUCGAGGGAAGAUUGAUGCUGUUGUUAAAAAAUGGAGCUGCUGCCGGCGGACGAUCAGUCGUAUUUGGGCAGCUGCAAAAGAACGAAGAGUAAAUGGUGAGGUAAUGAGUUCGGUGAGUAAGAAAAUGUUGAGACCAAGGAGAAAACUUGUAGCUCUGGAUUUACAGUUAAUUGCUAGCCUAAAUUUGUCAAAAAGAUCAACAAUUAGAAAGCUUGCAUGUGGGGUUAAAUGCAGUAAAAACACAGUGGGUAGAUGGGCAAAAUCUGGACUGAUCAGGGCUCAUUCGAAUGCAACAAAACCUGAUCUCACAGCUCCAAACAAGUUGUUUAGGCUACGGUUUUCCUUAGAAGCUCUAGAAUAUGAUAGGAUUAUGAGGAGUUUGACAUUUAAAAGCAUGCUUAACACAGUCCACAUUGAUGAGAAAUGGUUCUACAUCACAAAAAGUGCACAAAGGUUCUACUUAACUCCUGAAGAGAUAGAACCUCAUAGGACAUGCAAGAACAAGAAGUUCAUCACCAAGGUGAUGUUCAUGUGUGCUGUAUGUAGGCCAGUGUUUGGGGCUAAUGGUGAGUGCUUGUUUGAUGGAAAAAUUGGAAUUUUUCCAUUCACUGAACUUGUUCCAACAAAAAGGAAUAGUAAGAACAGGGCUGCAGGCACUAUGGAGUGGAAGCCAAUUCAAAGCAUCACCAAACAAGUGGUGAAAGACUACCUGAUAUACCAGGUAUAUAGGGUGAAUGAGAUAUGCCCUAAAUGUAACAAUAGCAUGUUCCAAGUUCAAUUUAUUUCUAUAUAUGCUUAG